AUGUCGGGUUCCAGGUAUAAGCCUGCGCCCCUGGCCACUCUUCCCAGUACCCUCGAGCGCCUGAGCAUAAGGGCCAGGCUUAAACGUGAAUAUCUGCUUCAGUACAACGACCCCAAACGCCAAACGCUCAUCGAAGAUCCUGCCUUGAUUCGAUGGGCCUAUGCAAGGUCAACAAAUAUUUAUCCCAAUUUCAGACCCACUCCCAAGAACUCACUUUUAGGAGCCGUGGUGGCAUCUGGGCCCCUCAUCUUCUGGUAUUACGUUUUCAAAACAGAGGGGGACAGAAAGGAAAAACUUAUCCAGGAAGGAAAACUGGACCGAACACUUAAUUUGUCCUAUUAAAUUUGGCAAGGAUGACUAUUCUUGCAUAAAUAAAUCUUCUGUUAAU